UCUCUCCUAGUUUUGCAACGGUGCACUUCCAACGCAAACGGUCCACGAUGACUUGCGACCCUACCCGAAGUUGCCCUGGAUGUCCUGCUGGUGACCUUUACGUGGACCCCGGCGGGGCUCCCUCCUACGGCGGCACCGGCUCCAAGAUGUCCAACCGAGUGGUCUGCCGCGAAGCCAGCCACGCCGGGAGCUGGUACACAGCCUCAGGACCACAGCUAAAUGCACAGUUAGAAGGUUGGCUUUCACAAGUACAGUCUACAAAAAGACCUGCUAGAGCCAUUAUCGCACCCCAUGCGGGGUACACAUACUGCGGAUCUUGCGCUGCCCAUGCAUACAAACAAGUAGACCCGUCAAUCACCCGGAGAAUUUUUAUCCUUGGGCCUUCCCAUCAUGUGCCCCUUUCUCGAUGUGCACUUUCCAGUGUGGAUAUUUAUAGGACACCUCUGUAUGACCUUCGUAUUGACCAAAAGAUUUACGGAGAGCUAUGGAAGACAGGAAUGUUUGAACGCAUGUCUCUGCAGACAGAUGAAGAUGAACACAGUAUUGAAAUGCAUUUGCCUUAUACAGCUAAAGCCAUGGAAAGCCAUAAGGAUGAGUUUACCAUUAUUCCUGUACUGGUUGGAGCUCUGAGUGAGUCAAAAGAACAGGAAUUCGGAAAACUCUUCAGUAAAUAUCUAGCGGAUCCUAGUAAUCUCUUUGUGGUCUCUUCUGAUUUCUGCCAUUGGGGUCAGAGGUUCCGUUACAGUUACUAUGAUGAAUCCCAGGGGGAGAUUUAUAGAUCCAUUGAACAUCUAGAUAAAAUGGGUAUGAGUAUUAUAGAACAAUUAGAUCCUGUGUCUUUUAGCAAUUAUUUGAAGAAAUACCAUAACACUAUAUGUGGAAGACAUCCCAUUGGGGUGUUAUUAAAUGCCAUCACAGAACUCCAGAAGACUGGCAUGAACAUGAGCUUUUCCUUUUUGAAUUAUGCCCAGUCAAGCCAGUGCAGAAGCUGGCAAGACAGUUCAGUGAGCUAUGCAGCCGGAGCACUGACGGUCCACUGAAGCGCCUAGUCCUCCGAUGCCACCGCCCGGACUCGGACUGUGUCCAGGGCCCAAGCCCAGCCUUUGCCACGACGCUGGUUCUGGGCUGGGGGGUUCUGAAACCUCAGACUAAUAGAACUUUCUUCUCUUCCUUUCUAGUAGGUGUAGUCCUCCUUAAUUUCAACUCAUUAAAAAUGCUUUAUAGUUUGGGGAAGUGGAAGGAAGGUUGGCACAAAGGAUAUUUUGAUUAAAAAGAUGACGAUGUGAAGGCCCGUUGUGGUAGACAGUUUUUGAAAGGAACCUGUAAAGCGUUUACCAUAUCCUAAAUUUGCACUCUUUGCAGACUUGUGCACAUAUAUUCCGCUUUCAGAAUAGUUUUGCAAAUUGUACACAGACAAAAGGGGUGGAAGCUUUUUAAUAAAGAAUUUGCAUUUAUAAAUGAUCUGUAUUAGAAUAUAAUAAAUCUCCAGUUAUAGACGAUUACUGCCCGUGUUGUACAACAGAUACCUUCUAUUUUAGUUGCUAAUAAAGGGCUACACAACUCAAAA